AUUUCGGGUUCUGUUUCACUCUUUAAUCCUUAACAAAUUAUUUCUGCAAGCUGUUAUCGGCACUCUAAAGUAUCCACCGAUCAUGGAUUGAGACAAGUGCUAAUACGAGAGACGGAGGAGUGCAUGAUGAUUAUUUUUGCAUUGCUAAUAACAAUUCAUGUUCGAAUUUUUUGAAGAUUAAUUUUUAUUGCUGGGAAGUAAACUAGUACUGAUCAGUUACAGAUUUUAGUAUGAUCUAUAUCCAUUGGUUAUAUUUACUUGGGUUUCUCAAGCAGAGAGAGUGUAAAAAUGUUAUCCACUCUGAAAGGCAUGCUCAUAAGGACACCACCUGAGGUUUAUAGGCAGAGAUUGUUGAAGGGAAAAUAUGUGGAUCAAUUUGAUCUUGUUAGAGAAAACCCUUCCUUCCAUGGCCUCAACUCGUUGGGUCGAGUUGGCCUCAAGCGCUGUCACCCGCAGCAGAUGCAAAUUGUAAACGGGAUAAUGAACCCAAACCCGAAGAAGAAUGAGCCAGGACACAUCGAAGCAAAAGCUGUUCUGUCCCCAGUUGCAGAUAAGACUGCACCAACAACCAGAAAGCGAGUAUUUACAUUUGGAAAAGGAAAGAGUGAAGGCAACAGGGCAAUGAAGUCAUUGUUGGGAGGGAAAGGUGCAAACCUGGCAGAAAUGGCUAGCAUUGGACUAUCCGUCCCACCUGGACUUACUAUUUCAACAGAAGCAUGCCAAGAGUAUCAGCUGAAUGGCAAAGAUUUACCACAAGGUUUGUGGGAGGAGAUACUAGAGGGCUUGGAGAGUGUGCAGAAGGACAUGGGUGCUAUUCUCGGUGACCCUUCCAAGCCUCUCCUCCUCUCCGUUCGCUCUGGUGCUGCGAUUUCCAUGCCUGGCAUGAUGGACACUGUCCUCAACCUUGGACUCAAUGACAAUGUGGUUGCUGGUUUGGCCGCGAAAAGUGGAGAGUGCUUUGCUUAUGACUCGUACAGGCGUUUUCUAGACAUGUUUGGAAAUGUUGUUAUGGGAAUUCCACACUCAUCCUUUGAGGAGCAGUUGGAAAAACUAAAAGGUACAAAAGGAGUUGAGCUUGACACAGAGCUAACAGCCUCUGAUCUUAAAGAGCUGGUAGAACAAUACAAAAAUGUCUAUCUCGAAACCACCGGUGAAAAGUUCCCUUCAGAUCCAAAACAACAGCUUCUCUUGGCUGUUAAAGCAGUUUUUGAUUCUUGGGACAGCCAAAGAGCCAAUAAAUAUCGGAGCAUCAAUCAGAUAACGGAUUUGAAGGGAACCGCGGUUAAUAUUCAAUGCAUGGUUUUCGGGAACAUGGGAAAUACUUCUGGCACAGGUGUUCUGUUCACUAGGAAUCCAAGCACCGGUGAAAGGAAGCUUUAUGGAGAAUUUUUAAUCAGUGCUCAGGGAGAAGAUGUAGUUGCCGGCAUUAGGACGCCAGAAGACUUGGAUACUAUGAAAAAUUGUAUGCCAGGAGCUUACAAGGAGCUUGUAGAGAACUGUGAAAUUCUAGAAAAACAUUACAAAGAUAUGAUGGAUAUCGAGUUCACAGUCCAAGAAAAUAGGUUGUGGAUGUUACAAUGUCGCAGUGGAAAGCGUACUGGUAAAGGUGCAGUGAAGAUAGCCGUAGACAUGGUGAAUGAAGGGCUUGUAGAUAAGCGCACUGCAAUCAAGAUGGUUGAACCACAGCACCUUGACCAACUUCUUCACCCACAGUUUGAGAAUCCAACUGCUUACAAAGACAAAGUGAUCGCCACUGGAUUGCCUGCAUCUCCAGGAGCAGCUGUAGGGACAGUCGUGUUCAGUGCUGAGGAUGCCGAAACAUGGCAUGCACAAGGAAAGAGUGUCAUCUUGGUAAGGACUGAAACUAGCCCCGAAGAUGUUGGGGGUAUGCAUGCAGCUGCAGGGAUCUUGACAGCUAGAGGAGGCAUGACAUCUCAUGCAGCUGUUGUAGCCCGUGGGUGGGGCAAAUGUUGUGUUUCUGGCUGCGCUGAUAUCCGAGUAAAUGACGCUGAGAAGCUGGUUGUGAUCGGGGAUACAGUGGUCGAGGAAGGAGAAUGGCUCUCACUCAAUGGUUCCACUGGGGAAGUCAUAUUAGGAAAAGAGCCCCUUUCUCCUCCGGCUUUAAGUGGAGAUUUGGAAACCUUCAUGUCUUGGGCUGAUAAAGUCAGGCGUCUCAAGGUUAUGGCAAACGCGGACACACCUGAAGAUGCGCUAACAGCAAGAAAUAACGGUGCGGAAGGGAUUGGACUUUGCAGGACAGAGCACAUGUUCUUUGCUUCGGAUGAUAGAAUAAAGGCGGUAAGAAAAAUGAUCAUGGCAGCUACAACUGAACAGAGGAAGGCGGCACUGGACCUCUUACUACCGUAUCAAAGAUUUGACUUUGAAGGAAUUUUCCGGGCAAUGGACGGUCUUCCAGUAACAAUCCGCCUGUUAGACCCUCCACUUCAUGAAUUUCUUCCAGAAGGUGACUUAGAACAGAUUGUCGGCGAACUAACUGCAGAGACUGGCAUGACUGAGGAUGAAGUUUUCUCGAGAAUUGAGAAAUUAUCAGAAGUAAACCCCAUGCUUGGUUUCCGCGGCUGCAGGCUCGGGAUAUCAUACCCAGAACUCAGCGAAAUGCAGGCACGUGCAAUCUUUCAAGCUGCAGUCUCAAUGAGCAACCAGGGUGUCAAAGUUUUCCCUGAGAUAAUGGUUCCCCUUGUCGGAACACCUCAGGAACUAGGACAUCAAAUGAGGCUCAUUCAGAGUGUCGCGGGACAAGUGUUCUUCGAGAUGGAUACCACCUUGAGUUAUAAGGUUGGGACUAUGAUUGAGAUCCCUAGAGCUGCUCUGGUUGCAGAUGAGAUUGCGAAGGAAGCUGAGUUCUUUUCUUUCGGGACCAAUGAUCUCACACAAAUGACAUUUGGCUACAGUAGAGAUGAUGUGGGCAAGUUUCUACCUAUCUACCUUGCAAAAGGCCUUCUUCAAAGUGAUCCAUUUGAGGUCCUUGAUCAAGGAGGUGUUGGGCAGCUCAUCAAGAUGGCCACUGAAAAGGGUCGCGCAGCUAGGCCUAGCUUAAAGGUUGGAAUAUGCGGAGAGCAUGGUGGGGAGCCUUCUUCUGUUGCAUUUUUCGCGGAGGCCGGAUUAGACUAUGUUUCGUGUUCUCCGUUCAGGGUACCUAUUGCUAGGCUAGCAGCAGCUCAAGUAGCUGUCUGAGAAAGAUUGCAUAACCGGCGACUCUGCACUUGUAAAUAUCUGCAGUUUAUUUGUUGUUCAUACAAAUCCUCUAUCAUUAUGUAGAAACCAAAAUAUAGGGGAAAAUAACAUAUGUAAUAUACGUAUAUGUAUAUAUAUUUUUUUCAUAUUACUUUACAAGAACAGGAAAAAAACUAAAUUAGGGAAUGUGGAUAAUUCUUCGGCUUCGAUGUUUUGGGAAUAAAUUCUGUGUAAUAUUAAACAGGGUA